CAGCAAUACGUUUUGGAAGAAUGCCAAGGUCUGAGAAAGCCAAGUUGAAAGCAGAAAUUCUAACCGGUGAAAAUUAUGUCGAAGAUUCAGAAAUGGCAGAUCUUAAAUCACUCGCCAAAAGAAUUCAUGAUGCUUACCUGAAAAACUUCAAUAUGAACAAGGUUAAAGCCAGAAUCAUCCUCGCAGGGAAAACUAAUAACAAUCCACCAUUUGUUAUACACGAUAUGGAUACCUUAUGUAUGGCAGAGAAGACCCUGGUGGCAAAAUUGGUAGCCAAUGGCAUUCAGAACAAGGAAGCAGAAGUUCGGAUCUUCCACUGCUGCCAGUGUACGUCUGUAGAGACUGUCACAGAACUUACUGAAUUUGCCAAAUCUAUCCCUGGCUUCUCCAGUCUUGACUUGAAUGAUCAAGUGACACUGUUAAAAUAUGGAGUUUAUGAAGCCAUAUUUGCCAUGUUAGCAUCUGUGAUGAACAAGGACGGGAUGCUGGUAGCUUAUGGAAAUGGUUUUAUAACCCGGGAGUUCCUGAAAAGCCUGAGAAAGCCAUUCUGUGAUAUCAUGGAGCCCAAAUUUGAUUUUGCAAUGAAAUUUAACGCACUAGAAUUGGAUGAUAGUGAUAUAUCCCUUUUUGUUGCUGCCAUCAUUUGCUGUGGAGAUCGUCCUGGUCUUGUCAAUGUAGGAUACAUUGAAAAAAUGCAGGAGAGCAUUGUGCAUGUACUGAAACUUCACUUGCAAACCAACCAUCCCGACGACACCUUCCUCUUCCCAAAACUUCUCCAAAAAAUGGCUGACCUCCGACAGCUUGUCACAGAGCACGCUCAACUUGUUCAGAUAAUUAAGAAGACUGAAUCUGAUGCACAUUUACACCCUUUACUACAGGAAAUCUACAGGGAUAUGUAUUAAGGACUUUGAGUAUUAUUUUUUUUUGCCACAAUAUUUAAAGAUGAGCAAUACUAGUAACGGAUGGGAGCAAAACUACUUGCACAGUUCUCUGCUGUUCACUCAGCCAGGAGCAUGAAAAAAUCUAAAAGCUGGGUAACUGGAGGGUUACACUUCUUUUGGUUUGGGAUCUUUUGUCUUCUUUUGAAAGAGUUCUGCGAAAACAUCCUGAUCAUAGUGUUCACAACGUGUCUUACAAUGGGUUCUUUUCUUUGGGAAUUUGCAGAUUGGUAAGGAAUACGAAUUUGUAUAAUAAAUCAGAAUGUUAUGUAACAGAAA